AGCAGGAACGCUCAAAGAUCAAGAUGAAGUUAAUACAACUCUUGGUCGUAGCUCUAAUAGCAAUCUCGUCUAACUGUCAAGCAACUAUAUCUUUAUUAUUCUUCAUCAACAUGCUUACGAUCAUCUUUGAUCCAAAACUUAUUGCUUGUUUGCGAUCAUGAUGAUGCCAUUACACAAAUGCAAAAUGAUAUACAAACGAAAGCUCAUGAAAUUACCGAAAUAAAGGCAAUUGCUCAGCGAGAACGUCAAAAAAUAUUCGCACUUGAGAAAAAAGUUAUUGAUUUGCAGACCAAUUACAGCGAACUACAGAGGCAGGGCAACCAGGGUUCUAAAAGGGAUAACGGCAGUCGGGGUCCAAGAGAUGAAAGAGGACCAAAAGGGGGAAAAGCGUAUAUUGCCGAUUGUGGAGAACAUCCUUCCCUUACCGGUGCUAUUACAAUCAUGACCGAAGGUGAUUCGCCCAGAGCCUUCAGUGUCUAUUGUAAACGAGGUUGGACUUACAUCUUCAAGAGAUUUGACGGUAGCAUUAAUUUUACCCGCCCAUGGGCUGAUUACAAACGUGGCUUUGGGGAAACUAUGGGAGAGUAUUUCAUAGGACUAGAUAACCUUGCAAGUUUAUUGAAGGAGCGCAACUUUAAAGCUAGAUUUGAACUCACGACUUGGCCGCCAGCAACUCCAUCUUCUGGAUAUGCUGAAUAUUCAAACUUCUCCAUUGCCGAUGAGAGUUAUAAGUAUCGUCUAAGUAUAUCAGGAUAUUCUGGUACUGCUGGUGAUUCGAUGCAGGGGUACCACAAUGGAAGGCAAUUUACCACGUAUGACCAGGACAAUGAUCAUGAAAAUAGUGGAAAUUGUGCCAUAACAUAUAAAGGUGCCUGGUGGUAUAAUGGUUGCCAUCAAGCUAAUCUUUUUGGUAUUUAUGCACGUGGGCCGAUUUGCCCAAGUUACGCAACAAUGUAUGGUUUGGUUACUAUGGCCAACGUGGCCAGUGCCAAGCAUUCAUAAUUAUCUCUAUUCUUUCAAAGAAGCAUCUCUGAAAAUACACAGAGUCUAAGCGUUCUAAGCGUCAACUAUAGAGAAUUGGAGGUGAAAAUUCGACGUCCGUCAAAUGUAAGCAGUGAGAAUAUUAUUUAAAUAAAUGCCAACCUUUUUUAUAACACCAAGUCGCUAGGGGGGGGGGGUAAUUUGAUCCCCCCUCUGCGAUUGUCUAUUCUCUGAUUUCAAUAAAGUUGGUAUCGUUGAAAACCCUAUUCGAUUAACUCCUCAGAAAAGUAUUGCAUUCUUUUAAAUUGCAGGUCAACAAAGGUCAAAUCGAGGUAAACGUGACUAAGGGGAUGUAAAUUGUUGACAUUUUGUGAUAAUUUUCUUUCAAAAUGAAAUUUUUUGACAUAUUUUUGGGCUAUCCCCAAAGAUUUAACAUAAUUUCAUAUAGUUUGAGAGGUGACGUUAAUUGUAUUUUACUUAUUCCUUAUAUUGUUAAUAAGUUAUCCUUAUAGUACAUAUAGUUCCCCUUAUAUUAUACAUAAAUUCUCCUUAUAGUAUAUACGUUCUGGAGUAUACGUCAGCGUUUUAUAUGAUUCAUUCUAAUAUGAUACAUGACAUCACAAUAACUAGAACAAUUGAUUUACUGGUCUAUAUUGGAGUAUGUAUGACC